UCUCUCGCUCUCGCCGAAUUAAAGAGAGCUUGCGAGCGAGUUUGUGUUUGUGUGUGUGACAGCAGGAGCGACGUCAACGUCAAUCCGCUCAAUAUUUAUACAUUGAACCGAGUCUCCUGGCCCACGAGUCUCGCGGCCCUCACAACGCAGACGCUCCUGGUCCUCCGCUGGGGCCCAAAAUAAAUAACAUCUGACAGCUGCCCAGUGUCCUGAGUCCUGAGUCCUGAAUCCUGCUGAGUCCUGAAAGCACUCAACGGGCAGAGGAAAAGGAGGAAAAACGAGCAAAGCGGAUAGCGAUACAAUUUCCCUGGGAAAACAUCAAACCAAACUGAACGCGAUCUUAAAACGAAAACAAAACAAUGGGCGCCAAGGAAAGUGUCGAGGCAGCCGCCAAAAUGAACGCCGAUGGCUGGGGCCAUGUGGAGCGAUCGAGUCGCUACCACAACCAUCGGCACAAUCAGCGCUCACAGUCGCUGAACCGCGGACAGGCGCUCUCGCAGGCGGACGUGAGCGGCAUGUGGUGA